GCAUCGAACAAGAUGGUGGCGCUGCGGCGGGCUCCGCUCGUCCAGACGCUGCUCCUGGACAACUACGACUCGUACACGUACAACCUGUUCCAGAUGCUGUCGCAAGUCAACGGCCUCGAGCCCGUCGUGUACACGAACGACGCGUUCGACGGCGACUGGGACGUCGCAUUCGCCACGUUCUUGAAGCAUGUCGAUCGAGUGCAUGCGCUGCAUCGACAUGUUGAGAUUCGUGUGAACAUCGUGCUAUCGCCUGGUCCUGGCACUCCAACUAAAGUGAAAGACUUUGGUCUGUGUGCUGCGGCGAUUGCAAGAUCGCCGCACGUUCCGAUCCUCGGCGUGUGCCUGGGUCACCAAGGAAUGGCGCACUUCUAUGGCGGCAAGGUCGAGCGCGCGCCGACCGUCAUGCAUGGUCGCACCAGUCGCAUCCAGCAACUUGCUGAUAAAGCCGACCCGUUCUUCUUUGGCAUCCCACGGACAUUUGACGUGGUGCGGUAUCACUCGUUGUUGGCGGUGUCGCUCCCUGUCGGUACGCUCGAAAUCUUGGCCACCACGACAGAAGAUGACCUGGUUAUGGCGUUCAAGCACCGGGAAUUGCCUCACUACGGUGUGCAAUUCCACCCCGAGUCUGUUUGCAGCGAGUUUGGGUACCAGAUGCUGCAGAAUUUCCGUGACAUUUCAACGGAGGCGCCGUGCCAGAUCUGUCCACUACACCACGCGCCAUCGGUCCCAUUGAACGAGCCGGCAACUUGCUCAGCAAUUAAGGUCCCGGUCGUGCAACCAGAACUCUCUCCACCGUCCUCUGCGACGCACCACGUUCUCGUCGAAGCAUUGAUUGCCGUUGACGUCGCCACUGAAGACGUGUUCGAACAACUCUAUGGCACCUCGAGGCAUGCAUUUUGGCUCGACAGCAGCAACGGCGCGCGUUUUUCGUUCAUGGGAGACGCUGCUGGCCCGCUGGCCACGCACGUGGCGUACGACAGAUGGACUAACACCGUGACAACUGCCCAUGGCUCGUCGACAGAGUCCAUUUUGGACUACAUUCGGCGCGAACUGGCCGCCAUUCGCAUCGUCGACGACACCGCACUGCCAUUCGAUUUCCGAGGGGGGUUCGUGGGAUACUUUGGCUAUGAAGUGCUUGGCGUGGGCGACAAGAGCGAUCUGGCGGUGCAUCCGCCGCCCGACAUGGCGGUCCCCGACGCCUCGUUCUUGUUUGCCGAUCGAGUUGUCGUCCAUGACGCCGUCACUCGACAGUACUACGUGCUCGUUGUCACGACCGCUAAACACUUGACCGCGUCCAAGGAAUGGAUGGCUUCCACAGCGGCAAGAAUACGCACGAUGAUGCCUUCCAAGGGACGUCCAGCCGACUCGUUCGACCAUCCCAUCGUGUUCCGCCCGUCGCGAUCCCGCCCGACCUAUGAAGCCAAUAUCGCGACGGUCCUCUCGGAAAUUCAAGCGGGGGAAACGUACGAAGUGUGCCUGACAAACCAACUCAUUGCGAACGUGUCCAUCGGCAACCCGCUGGGGUUUUACAAAACUCUGCGCCGCCUCAACCCGGCGCCGUUUGCGGGUUACCUGACGACACCUCGAUUCAGUGUGUGCAGCUCGUCCCCCGAGCGAUUCGUGUCGGUCAACAAGCACAAGCACAUGGAGUCCAAACCCAUCAAGGGGACGCGGAAGCGCGCCGCCGAUCCAGACGAAGAUGCCGCUGUCGCCGCGGAACUCGCAGCGUGCGUGAAAGACCGCGCCGAAAACAUGAUGAUCACAGACUUGGUGCGGAAUGAUUUCGGGCACGUGUGCACCGUCGGGUCCAUCCAUGUGCCAACGCUGAUGCAAGUCGAAUCGUUUGCGACUGUCCACCAACUCGUCACGACCGUCCGAGGUCAGCUCCGCCCCACGGCCAGUGUCGUCGAUGCCAUCGAAGCCACGUUCCCCGGAGGCUCCAUGACGGGCGCGCCAAAGAAGCGAACCAUGGAGCUGAUCCGCCGCGUGGAGCAGCAUCCCCGUGGCGUGUACUCGGGGGCCCUCGGCUACCUCUCGAUAAACGGAGCAGCCGACCUCAACAUCGUCAUCCGAACUGCCGUCGUGACGCAUAACCACGUAACCAUCGGGUCGGGCGGCGCGAUCGUGGCCCUCUCCGAUACGGACGACGAGUACGACGAGAUGCUGCUCAAGACACAGGCGCUGCGGUCUGCGCUGGCAGCGUACACGAACCAGCCCGUCACUGUCGACGUCUCGACAUCGUUCUACAAUCUGUAGGAGUGUAGACAACGACCUGUUCCAGUAAUGAACCUCGCCAGAGGAAUUCGAUUCUC